AAACAUCCCCGUGCGUGUUUUGCAGUGGCACACACGGCGUGCGCGGCGUGCUGAGACGCCAGCGCUGCGAUUAAGACUCAUUGUGUUCGUGCCUUGUUUUGCGCGUGCAAACUUAAGAGUUCAAACCCACUGAGAGCAAGCUCUCCUGCAGCCAUACUCAAUGCACAUAUCACUGUCAAGCAUCGGCGGCACGCGCGAGGAGCAGCUCUGCAUCCUCAGCGCGGUGCUGUUGUGGGGAGUCGUGGCAUGGCUUUUCACCGUCCGCGCGGCGCGCAAGACGAAUAACAACAUCACGGCCAACGACAACAACCUCGAAGCGCCGUUGCUCGAAGAAGACGAGCCGAAGCACGCGAUCCGGUCGCGCGUGCGCCUCGCUAGUCGCCAGGCCGCCUACUACGUCCUGGCUAUUUAUUACGCGGUUUGCUUCCUCGUCUAUUCGGUGCGAUUGCUGCGGUCGCGCGGCGAGCAGCGGGCGCGGCUCUACCGCGCGGGCGCGGACCUGCUGCGAUCCGUGGCUUGGCUCGUCGCCGCCAAGGCCGACGCGCAGGAGUGCCGGUCCUCACCAGCGAAACCGAGCCUGGCCGCGGCGGCGUUCGUCGCCUGCUCGGCGCUCGCAGCCCUACGCGAGACGCGCGUCUCCGCGGCGAAGUUUCACCUGUCGGCGCCGUCCCUCUGGGCGCUCUGUGCGCACGCGAUAUUGCUGGUCGUUGCGUUGACGGGCGAUAAGGCAACGCCGCGCGAACGAGCGCCGUCGCCCGAAGAGAAUGCCAUUGAAUUGCAUCAGAUCGUGGGCUUCACGUGGCUCCGCGGACUCUUCGACCGCAAGGCGGUGCUGAAGGACGAGAACCGUGGGCGGCUGUGUGGAAAUCAACCAGUGCGUUCGGAAUCAACGGAGACAACAUCGCGUCGAUGGCGUGGGGCGCCCGAAAUUUGAUUUCCACACAGUCGCGGUCGAGGACCUGCCACAGCAGGUCGAGGGCGACUUGGUCGACACUACUUGGCCGCGGCUCCAGGAGUUACUAGAGAAGCACCCCGAGGCGCGCGGCGGCGACCCGGGACGUUCCAGAACAUUAGCUCUCUUCGGCGUGUUGUGCCGGCUCUGCUGGCCGCAGUUCGUCGCGGCCGGGAUCUGCCGGUUGUUCUACAUCGUGACGGGCUACGCCCAGCCGCUGGGUUUGUAUAUUAUUUUAAGGCGUUUUGGGAGGGAUGAUGCCUUCGGCUGGACAGCGGUCGGGUUGCUGUUCGGCGGACCCCUAUUAAACGCGACGGCGGACGCGCUGCAGAUGUUCCUCCAAAGAAGAGUCGCGACGCGGUGCCGCGGCGCCAUCAUGGUUCUCAUCUACGAUAAAGCGCGACGCGUAGACAUGGCCGCGGCGUCGUUACCACCGGCGGCCGCCGGGCGCGGCCGCCCGCAGAAGAAGGAGUCGGGUGGCGGUGGUAGAGUCGGCGAGGUCGUCGGGUUGAUGAGCGCGGACGUUCAGAAUGCGCUCACGGCGAUAGCGUAUUUUCACUGGGUCUGGGGCCCCGUCAUACAAUUAGUCAUCACGCUUUGCGCUCUUUUCUGGCUCGUUCAUGUGGCAGCCGUCGGCGCGCUCAUCGUCAUUGCGUUAAAUACAGUGCUGAACAAGGGCAUCUUUGGGAGAUUAGCCGCGGCGUCGAAGGAGUUCCUCUCCGCGAGAAACUUCCGCCUCGAGCUCGUGACCGAGAUGUUGCAAGGCUCGCGCAUCAUCAAGAUGCUCGGCUACGAGUCUGGAAUUUUUGACGCCAUUAAGGGUAGGAGAGAAAAGGAGCUCGGCAAGCUCGCCAAGAUCCUCCGGUUACAAGUCGCCGUGGCCACCUUGAUCAAUGCCACGCCGCCGAUCAUGGGAGUCGCGACGUUCGUCGCCAUGUCCUGGCUGCUCGGCAAGCCCAUCGACGCGGCCACGGGCUUCACUACGUUAACUCUACUCGAGAACCUGCGCUUUGUAUUGAUGCAGGCGCCCUCCGCGGCGACCUUCAUAAUCACGGGCUACGUGAGUUUACAAAGAGUCGAAAGUUUUCUGGACGCCCCGGACGUGGACGACAAGCCCUCGGGCGAUGGCGUCAAGCGCGGCGAGGUGCGCGUCGAGGAUGCCGCAUUCCGCUGGGGAGGUACGGCCGACGCGGCCGCGGCGACCGAAGAGAACCCUCUGAUCACCGAAAGCGACCCGAACGAGCGCGGCCUCACGCUGCGCGGCGUCGACCUGCGCAUGGCGCCGGGCACGCUUACGUUGGUGGUUGGUGUCACGGGCGGCGGCAAGUCGUCACUGUUAGCGGCUUUACUCGGCGAGAUACGACGCGUCAAAGGCCGCGUCCGCGUCGGCGGCUCGACGGCGUAUUGCCCACAGCAAGCCUGGUGCCAGAACGCGUCGCUUAAGGAGAAUAUCUGUUUUGGCGAUGCUGGCAAGGACGACGCGCGCUACGGCGCCUGCAUUGAGGCCUGCGCGCUCGGGCCCGACAUCUCGUCAUUCCCUGGUGGUGAUGGGACCGAGGUGGGCGAGCGCGGCGUGACGCUGAGCGGCGGCCAGCAGGCGCGCGUCGCGCUCGCGCGGGCCUUGUAUGCCGACGCGGACGUCUACCUCCUCGACGAUCCGUUGAGUGCGGUCGACGCGCAUGUAGGAGAGCAUCUGUUCGAAUCGGCGAUCUGCGGCCUGGUCGCGCGCGGCAAGACCGUGGUCCUGGCGACGCACCAGGUGUCGCUGGCUUUACCACGGGCGGAUCAGGUCGUGAUCCUGACAACCGACGGCAGCGUCGCCUUCGCCGGCUCUCCUGAUGAGGCCGCCGCCGACGCGGCCGCCGCUACACUACUGGAAGACCUGGCUGACCCCGAGUCAAGUAAGACGGCCGAGGCCCCGAAGGCCGUCGCCAAAUCUGCGCCGAUCGGGCCCCAGGGGAACGCGAACAGUAGACUUGUCGAAGAGGAGAAGCGCCAGAAGGGCGCGCCCUUGCUGAGCAACUUCAAGCUCUACUUGAGCGCGGCCGGCGUCGCGUUCCUCAUCGGGUCGUCGCUGUUCGCGCUGCAGCAACCGACCAAAUACGUGCAAGCGAACAGCCUCACGAACUGGAUCUCGGCCAUGGAGGCCGGCCGCAAGCCGCUGUCGGGCAACGGCCUCACGCUCUACUUGGUGUGGACGGCGGUCUUUUGUGUGCAGACGGCCAUCGCCAUCUCGUUCCAGAACCUCGGGGCGCUACGAGCCUCGCGGACGAUCCACGAAAAACUAUCGUGGGCCGUGCUGCGCAACCCCGUCGCCUGGUUCGACGCCUCGCCGGUGGGCCGCGUGCAGAACCGCUUCGCGACGGACAUCCAGGCCGUCGAUAGGUCCGUGGCGAUGACGACCAUGUUCUUGAUCCGCUCGUUGGUCGCGCCCUGCGUAUCGCUCUUCGCCAUCGGCCGCCAGGUGCCGUGGCUGCUGCCGUGCUUCAUUCCCGUCCUGGCGGUCGCGUUCAACGUCGCGAGGAACUACCUCCUGCUCGCGCGCGACCUCAAACGCAUCGACUCGACCACGAAGUCGCCCGUCUACGCGCUGUUCAACGAGUCGCUGAACGGGCUCCAGACGCUUCGGUCCUUCGACGGCGCCUUCGGACGCUUCGCGCAGCGCUUUGCUGGAUUGGUUGACAGAACAAAUUCGGCGGAACUGCACCUCGCGGCGCUGUCCUACUGGCUCUCCGUGCGCCUCAACGCGUUGGGGUCGACGGUGGCCGGCAGCACGGCCCUGGCGUUGUAUGCUCAGUCGCUGGCCAACGAGGACAAGUUAUCUCCGCCCGAAGCUGGUUUAGUCUUGACCUACGCGGUUUCCUUUACGGCGGCGAUCAUCGGGCUGAUGCGGACCUACACCGAACUCGAGCUGUCGAUGAACGCCGUCGAGCGCAUCGCCGUACUGUUCUGCGUCCUUUGACAACUUGCGCGCGUCGACUCGCUGCGAUGGCGUACCGGUGGAGAAGACGCCAUCCCCCCCUCGCCAUCGACGCGACCUUCACGGCGAAUUCACGCGCAGGAGUACCUCGAUCUCCCUCCCGAGCCGCCGCUAGAGCUCGAGAGUGACGCGGCGGGCUGGCUGCGGGAAAGACCGGCGGCGGUCGAGUUCCGCGACGUCGUCCUGAGCUACCCGCGGCAGCCCGAACCGGCCCUGCGCGGCCUCACGUUGACGAUCGAGGCCGGAUCGAGCGUCGGCGUCGUGGGCCGUACCGGCGCCGGCAAGUCGACGCUCGUGCAGACAAUUCUACGCCUGUACCCAGUGCAGAGCGGCGCCGUUCUAGUGGACGGCGUCGACGUGGCGAGCGUCGGGCUGAAGACGCUGCGCGGGCGCGUGGCCAUCGUGCCGCAAGCGCCUACCCUGUUCGCCGGGACGAUUCGCUUCAACCUCGACAUGUUCGGGGAGCGCACGGACGAGGAGCUCGAGGCGGCGCUGGAGCUGGCGCGCGGGGGCGGCCUCGCGCCGUCGGGCUCGCUCACAUCCCUGGCUUCACUAUCAGACGGGGCGACCGAAGUUGCCGGCGACGUGCCGGCCAAUCGUGUCGCUUCAUUGGCCUUGGAUUUCGAGCUCAGUGAGUUUGGGGCCAAUUUAUCGGUCGGUGAAAGGCAAUUACUAUGUCUUGCGCGUGCGAUCGCGCGGAAGUCUAGGCUCGUGCUCAUGGACGAGGCGACGGCGAACGUCGACCAGAAGACGGAUCGCCUCGUGCAGCGCGUGCUCAACGGCGGCGCCCUGGGCGGCGCUACUAGGAUUACGAUCGCGCACCGGCUAGGGACGAUCGCGGCCUGCGAUGCCGUGGCGGUCCUCGACGACGGCAAGCUCCGCGAGUACGCGGCACCGUCGACAUUGCUCGCUGACGCCGACUCCAGCUUCUCGGCGCUAUGCGACGCCGCGGGCUCGCGCCAGUCGCUCAUAGAGGCCGCGAGACGCGCGGACGAGCGCCGCGCGAACGGAGGGGCUCCUGUUGUGUGAUAAGUCUAUUCACUAU